AUGCCCAUAGCCUUCUCCAGGGAAGAUCACUGGGUGCACCUCCCAGACCCCAAGUCUUACCCACUGGUGGUGUGCCCCACCAUAGAUAGAGUCCUCCUAUCCAAGGUGCUGAUCGAUGGCGGCAGCAACCUCAACAUCAUCUUCAUCGAGACCCUGAAGCGCAUGGAUUUCAACUUUGAGUGUCUCCUUCCCUACGAAGAACUGUUCUACAGCAUAGUGCCCGGCAAAGGAUCCUAUCCUAUUAGGAGAGUCGUCCUGCCAGUGACGUUUGGCACCCCUAACAACUACCGCACCAAGCACCUCACCUUUGAGGUUGCCAACUUCACGACCUCCUACAAUGCCACCUUUGGCAGGCCAAUGCUGGCGAGGUUCAUGGUGAUUCUCAACCAUACCUACCUCAUCCUCAAGAUGAUGGCUCCAAAUGGCGUCCUCUUCAUUUAUGGUGAUGUUGAAACAUCCUACAAGUGCAACACAGAAGCUGUGCAACUCGCUAAGACCCUAGAGUACUCGGCCAAUGCCACCAUGAUGCUCACCGAGUCCAAGAAGGUGGACCAGAACCAGCUGAUGAUCCUAGAGGUAGAUCCGAUGUCCAUGACACUGCAUCCCGACCCUCAAGUCAAGAUGAUCAGCCUCGGCCUGGAAGACCCCUCCAAGACAACCCUCAUCGGGGCCAGCCUCACCCCCAAAUAG